AUGUUAGGAUUGCGCGCAGCCUUUCGAACGGAUUUCGGCUGCUCAGUAGCAGAACUCGUCUAUGGACAAGCUUUGCGGCUACCCGGUGAUUACUUCGAGGCGACAAGCCAACAGACUAACAGAAGUGAGUUUGCGGAAAAAUUGCGAAAUACAAUGGGUAAGCUGAAACCAACACCUCCAAACCACCACGCUAAACCAACCAUCUUUAUGAGCCCUGAACUUUCAACGUGUACCCACGUUUUCAUCAGGAUCGAUGCAGUUAAGAAACCCUUGGUUCAACCGUGUGAGGGACCCUUCAAGGUGAUUCUACGACAUGCAAAGUAUAUGGAUGUUUUCAUCAACUCCAAAGUUCAGCGAAUCUCGAUUGACCGAAUCAAACCAGCGUUCAUCUGCGACGAAGAAAAGCCAAAACCAGCUCCGAAGACCAAAGUUACACAAUCAGGACACAGGGUCAGGUUCCUGGUGUAA